AUGUUUUCCUCGCAAAAACUGAAUAUCGGCGUCGUCGGCCUCGGCCGCAUGGGCCAACGCCAUGCCCUAAACGUUCUGCAUCGGAUUCCCCGCGCCCGCCUGCACAGCGUGUGCUCUGUCGCUGCGCAUGAGAUUCAGUGGGCAAAUGAGCAUUUGGCUAUCGAAGGAGUGAAAGUCUUUGAUCGGUUUGAAGAGAUGAUAGCCACUCCUGGACUAGACGCCGUUAUCAUUUCCUCUCCAACGGCGCUGCAUAUCCAGCAUACACUUGCUGCUGUUGAGAAGAACGUCCAUGUCUUGUGUGAGAAACCGGUCACUACGGACCUUAUCCAGCUCCGACAACUCAUCAACAUCGCGGAGUCAAACCCCAGUACCAAGGUAAUGGUAGGAUUCGUCCGCCGCUUCGACGCCGAAUACCGCGCCGCCGUUCAGAAGAUCCACGAAGGCGCCAUAGGUGACCCGUUGAUGGUUCGGUCCCAGGGCGCCGAGAAGCUCGACAAAUCCAAUUUCACUACUGGCUAUCUCCGCGCCAGUGGCGGUAUUUUCGUCGACACGGCCGUCCACGAUAUCGAUCUCACUUUGUCCUUUCUUGGGGAAGAUGUAAGGCCGAAAGAACUAUGGGCCACGGGAUUAAUUGCCCAUCACCAUGGCCUUAUGGAUGUCGGGGACGUCGAUAACGGCAUUGGCGUUGUUAAGUUCUGGAAUGGCAAGAUAGCGCAUUAUUAUCAUUCACGGACCACAGCGCACGGAUACGAUAAUUGCACCGAGAUUAUAGGAUCCAAGGGCAAGGUGUCGAUUAAUUUGGUGCCGAAUCGGAAUCGGGUGCAGGUUUCCAAUGAGGCGGGAAUUGUACAGGAUGCUACGUCGAGUUGGAUUGAUCGGUAUAGCGAGGCUUUUGUCACGGAGUUGGAGGAGUUCACUGGGGCGAUUUUGGAGGGGAGAGAGUUGCCGUUGAGGUUGGAGUCGGCGUAUACAGGGUUGAAUAUCGCCCUGUCGCUGCAAGAGAGUUUGAGGACAGGGAAGAAGAUUGAGUUUGAUGAGAAUGGAAAUCGAAGGACAUAG